AUGCCUGCCUACUCCACCAACAUGAGGCUGAAGUUCCCGGUCCUGGCCCUGGUCCUGGAGCUGAUCACCAUCAUCCUCUUCGCCGUGUUUGUGGUCUACGACGACGGGAAGUCUCACGGGCAUCACGGAAACCAUGACAACCACACCGAAGAAGAGGCCAACCCCAUGGAGCUGAUCAUAAACGCAGACUUCAGUACGGCCACAGUCCUGAUCUCGUUCGGAGCAGUUCUGGGGAAGACCAGCCCGGUUCAGCUUCUCAUCAUGACCCUCCUGGAGAUCACCAUCUUUGGACUCAACGAACACCUGGUGGCCAACGUCCUGGAGGCCAACGAUGUGGGAGCCUCCAUGAUCAUCCAUGCCUUCGGGGCGUACUUUGGGCUGGCCGUGGCCCGGGUCUUGUACCGACCAGGGCUCAGGAACGGACACGACAACGAUGGCUCCGUCUACCACUCAGACCUGUUCGCUAUGAUCGGGACCGUGUUCCUGUGGAUGUUCUGGCCCAGUUUUAACUCUGCUAUCGCGGAGCCCGGCUUCGUACAGCUCACCGCCGUCAUCAACACCUACCUCUCCCUGGCUGCGUGUGUGCUGUCGGCCUACGCCGUGUCCAGCCUGGUGGAGCACAAGGGCAAGCUGGACAUGGUCCACAUCCAGAAUGCCACCCUGGCGGGGGGUGUUGCCGUGGGAACCUGUGCAGACAUGAACAUUGGUCCUUUUGGAGCCAUGAUCAUCGGCUUCACCGCAGGAAUCAUCUCCACUCUGGGAUUCAAGUUCCUCACCCCCGUCCUGGCCUCUAAGCUGGGGAUCCAGGACACCUGUGGUGUCCACAACCUCCAUGGUCUCCCGGGGGUCCUGGGGGGACUGGCCGGCAUCGUGGCUGUGUCUCUGGGCAAGAAGGAAGGGGGCAGUGCGGCGAUGCAGGCCGCCGCUCUGGCCUCGUCUCUGGGCUUCGCUCUGGUGGGAGGAGCCGUCACCGGUCUCAUCAUGAGGCUGCCCAUCUGGGGACAGCCACCAGACCAGAACUGCUACGACGACUCUAUUUACUGGGAGGUUCCCGCCGACGAGGAGGAGCACGAGGAGAGUCUGGCCCACGCAGACCACUCCAAGAACAAAACCGAGGCCUAA